AGGCCAGAUUUGGUCAGCCCCUUGAAUGGCCUUAUUAGCUCUGCAUGUAAAUAAAUCAAUCACUAAAUAAGUAAACGGUUGGAAUGUUUUUUUUUUUUUUUUCAGCAGCUACUAAACAGAAUCCCGUGUGAUGUCAUGGACAGUGUGGAGAUGGAAUCUGUCCCAAUUAAAGAGGAACUCUUUGAACUUGAACUUGUUCCCUUUCAUCUGGAGUUCUCUGGGCUGGCUUCCCUCCCAAUUAAACAGGAGCUCUGUGAGGUGCAGUGUGCCAGCAGUCAACCAGAGGCCUCUGAGAUUAAAGCUGAGCACAAUGGAUUGGAGAUCCCCCAGACAGAAGAUCUGCUUCCUGUUAAACAAGAAGAGGGCCUGGAAAUUAAACAAGAGCCCCCUGAAGUUGAGUUUGACCACAUGGAACCAGGGAAUGAAGAAUCCGAGGACCUGAAACCAAGCAUCCCUGUACACCUACGGGAGUGUAGUGUGGUGCUGGAGAGAAUCUGCGUGAGAGACCAAGGCUCUGCGAAUGGCAUGCAAGGAGGGGGAAAGGGGCGGUCAUAUUCAGAGUGCAGUCUAGCAGGUUCCAGUCCAGCAGCUAAAGCGAGGAUGGGCAGCGGAGAAUAUCCUGACGGUGGGAAAAGUCUCACCCCGUUAGAGCAUUUUGAAAUACACCAGCAAGUUCACACAGGAGAGAAAUUGUAUCGCUGCUCUGACUGUGGGAAGAGUUUCAGACAGUCCGCACACCUUGAAUCACACCAGCGAAUUCACACAGGAGAGAAACCAUAUCGCUGCUCUGACUGUGGGAAGUGUUUUAGUCAACCGGGAAUCCUGAAAGCACACAAGCGAAUUCACACAGGAGAGAAACCGUAUCCCUGCUCUGACUGUGGGAAGAGUUUCAGACAGUCAGCACACCUUGUAAAACACCAGCGAAUUCACACAGGAGUGAAACCGUAUUGCUGCUCGGAAUGUGGGAAGAGUUUCAGACGUUCAGAACACUUGAAAAAACACCAGCGUAUUCACACAGGUGAGAAACCGUAUCGCUGCUCUGAAUGUGGUAUGUGUUUCAGGGAAUCGGAUAUCCUGAAAGCACACCAGCGAAUUCACAGAGGAGAAAAACCAUAUUGCUGCUCUGACUGUGGGAACCGUUUCAGAUUGUCAGAAUACCUCAAAAGACACCAGCGUAUUCACACUGGAGAGAAACCAUAUUACUGCUCUGAAUGUGGAAAGAGUUUCAGGGAAUCGGGAACUCUGAAAACACACCAGCGAAUUCACAGAGGAGAGAAACCAUAUUGCUGCUCUGACUGUGGGAAGAGUUUCAGACAUUCAGAACAUCUAAAAAUACACCAGCGAAUUCACACAGGAGAGAAACCUUUUUUCUGCUGUGACUGUGAGAAGAAUUUCAGACAUUCAGGAGACCUGAAAAAACACCAGCAAAUUCACAAAGAAGAGAAGCUGUAUCGCUGCUCUGACUGUGGGAAGAGUUUCAGGCAUUCAAGACAGCUGAAAACACAUCAGCUAAUUCACACAGGAGAGAAACCAUAUUUCUGCUCUGACUGUGGAAAGAGUUUCAGACAGUCACAACACCUAAAAAUACACCAGCGAAUUCACACAGGAGAGAAACCAUAUUUUUGCUCUGACUGUGGGAAGAGUUUCAGAGAUUCAGGAGACCUGAAAAAACACCAGCGAAUUCACAGAGGACAAAAACCAUUUUGCUGCUCUGACUGUGGGAAAAGUUUCAGGCAUUCAAGACAGCUGAAAACACAUCAGCUAAUUCACACAGGAGAGAAACCAUAUUUCUGCUCUGACUGUGGGAAGUGUUUCAGACAAUCGCAACACCUAAAAAAACACCAGCGAAUUCACAGAGGACAAAAACCUUGAAGAGCAUGUUCAAUGGGACUUGUCGCUCAUCCAGGGGGGGAAAAAACAUUUUGCAUUAUGAGUCCCUGUGUAAUAAUAUUUUGAUAUCACUGUUAAGAGCAGGCAUUUUAAAUGGUAAAGAUGCACUUGAGAAAGUGGGCGGUGAUGUGAACAUGUCUCUAGUUUAACUCAGUCAAUGCAGUCAGUGCCUGGGAGCAGGAAUGUGCAGAAAGGAGUCUAUUCUGCAGCUUACCUGCUAUAUGAGUCAGGAGGAAUCGAUAACUCAGUGUGGUAAAUUUCAGGGUUUAGCAUUUAAACUUAAUCUGAAAAUAAAUCAAUUGAUUGGAAUGAGUAUCCUGACCCGGUAUAUAGCAUCCAGAGACGAGACUGCACUGUCCUUACUGGGCAAUCGGCUGGAUGAUUUGACAUAAAUUCAUCACGAUUCUAGAACUAAUGAAAAAAUGAUAUGUAUAU